GACUGCGAGGGGGCGAGGACGGCUGCGGUUCCCGCUUGGGCGGUCGGGGGUCCGGCUCGGAUGGCGGACGGCGGCGCCCAGCACCAGCAGCUCGUGCCCGGCGUCCCAGCCCCGCGAGGGAUCAAGCGGGAACCCGAACUGGAGCAGCCCAUGCCCGGAGGCGACGUAGCCGACAGCGGCCUCAGUAAGAGGCUGCGGACCGAGGCGGAGGCGGACGGAGGAGGCAUGCAGAAUGAGCCUCUGACUGCCAGUUAUCAUGGAUAUCCAGGAAGAGACAGUCAGGGUAACCAGGAGCCAACAGCCACUCCUGACACGAUGGUCCAGCCAUUCACAACAAUCCCAUUUCCACCUCCCCCACAGAAUGGGAUCCCCACAGAGUAUGGAGUACCCCACACUCAGGACUAUGCAGGCCAGACCAGCGAGCACAAUCUGACAAUCUAUGGGAGUACACAGGCGCACGGAGAACAGAACACGAACACAGCCACCACACAGAAUGGAUCUCUUACGCAGACAGAAGGAGGGGCACAGACGGAUGGCCAGCCGUCACAGACACAAAGCAACGAGAGUACCGAGAGCAAAUCUACUCCAAAGCGGCUGCAUGUCUCCAACAUUCCCUUCCGCUUUCGGGAUCCUGAUCUCCGGCAGAUGUUUGGGCAAUUUGGCAAAAUCCUUGAUGUAGAGAUAAUCUUUAAUGAACGUGGCUCCAAGGGAUUCGGGUUCGUAACUUUCGAGAAUAGUGCUGAUGCAGACAGGGCCAGGGAGAAAUUACACGGCACCGUGGUAGAGGGCCGUAAAAUCGAGGUUAAUAAUGCCACCGCCCGUGUGAUGACUAAUAAGAAGAUGGUCACACCGUAUGCAAACGGUUGGAAGCUGAGCCCUGUGGUUGGAGCAGUGUAUGGUCCUGAAUUAUAUGCAGCAUCCAGUUUUCAAGCAGAUGUCUCGCUGGGCAAUGACGCUGCAGUGCCCCUGUCAGGAAGGGGGGGUAUUAACACUUACAUUCCUUUAAUCAUUCCCGGCUUCCCUUACCCAACUGCAGCCACCACAGCAGCCGCAUUCAGGGGAGCUCAUCUGAGGGGCCGAGGGCGGACAGUGUAUGGCGCAGUGCGAGCAGUACCUCCAACAGCCAUCCCAGCUUACCCAGGUGUGGUUUACCAGGACGGAUUUUACGGUGCUGACCUCUAUGGCGGAUAUGCAGCCUACAGAUAUGCACAGCCUGCUACCGCAACGGCAGCCACUGCUGCUGCAGCCGCUGCAGCGGCUUACAGCGAUGGUUAUGGCAGGGUGUACACAGCAGACCCUUACCACGCCCUUGCCCCUGCCGCUAGCUAUGGAGUUGGCGCUGUGGCAAGUUUAUACCGAGGUGGCUACAGCCGAUUCGCCCCUUACUGAAGUGACAUGAGCCCCCUGCAAGUGGGACAGCCCCCCCAGUUCAUGAGGCCUGGCUAUUGCAAUAUUUACUAGUAGAGGAACUCUAUAGCAAGAAGAGGAGGAAAACAAAAGAAAAAAAAACAAGAGAAAUACUUUUUUAUACCUCACUAUGUUCUUUGAAUAUGUAUUUUUCCUUUAAAUUUCUGCCUUUAAUUCUUUUGUUCCAAAGAUUGUGCAUUUUUUGGGUUUUUUUGGUUUGUUUUUUUUUUAAACUGUGGUAAACAUAAUGCAUUUCCAUGUGUGUAUAUGCAUAGCUUAUCCUACCAAUCAUAAAAAGAAAUGAAUAGUGCUAAGGAGCACCAUUAGGAACCAAUAUCAUGGAACUAAAUCAGGAACAUGCAGACGUUUUAUUUUACCUGGGUCUGGUGCCUGAGGCCUGCGAUACACAAGGAAUAGCCCCUCUGCCUGCAAAGGGCAGUGCUGAUUGGCUGCAGCUGGAACCUGCAUGCUGUUUGGAAACGUAAAAUGUUCCCAUUUUAUCAUCACCUGACAAACAUGGGCUCAGGACAGUUCUAGAAGUGUCAAGAUUUUAAGAGUUUUCAAGACAAGACUCCUCAAAACUGCCCAAAGACUUCGUCUGUUAAUGGUUUUAGGGGGACAAGACUUGAAAUACAUUUGUGAUCUUACUGCUUCUAUACAUAAGCCCCACCCACUUUAGUGAUUGACGUCCACUACCCAGGCUGUCCUUAGUUUCUUUCACUUGCUAUGGUCUUCCUCUCUUCCUGUCCUCCCCCUUUUCUUUUCUGGAGGAGCAGCAGAUGUGGGACAACGACUGCAGAACUUGAAGCCAUGGUGGAGAGUUACAUCUUCAAUAACAAGGAAUCUGAUGGCCAUGUUGUGCACACCCUGAAGUUAUAGAAGAACGAUUGGGGGGGGGGGGAGCUUGCACCAGUGCCACUCUGAGCUAAUCAGUCACCCAGUGUCCAAGAUACUUCUUCUUUUCACCCUAAGAUACUUAGCUUUGCUGCAAGUAUGCCACCAAAAAAAUUGCAUGAAGAGAAGAAUGUGGCCUGGAUUAUGAACCUAGAAAAGCAGCAGAGGCAGUGGGAACGAUAUUUUGUGUUGCAAAACUAUACUUAAAGUAAUCCUUGUAUAGCUUCAGCAUCUGGGGACAAGCAGAAAUAUAUUUCAAAACAUGAUUUAUAAAUGGAAGAGACUUCUGACUUAUUAUGUAACACAGAGCCUUUAGUGGGUCAUCUUCUGCCUCUCUGGAAAGAAAUCUGUGUCCAUACUGCUCAGCUUGGAUAUGAAGUGCAGGUUGUGAAGUCUUCAAAAAGACCCUUAGCCCAGGGAUCCCCCUCUUUUACAUUUUUU